CCAACAAUACCCCGUUUACCCCGUGCUGCCUCCUCUGCCCUGUGGUGCCCCGCAGUGGUCAGCGCGCGGUGCCUCUCCGCUCCCCCGUGGCGAGCAGUGCGCAUGCGCAGUGCGCUGACGCCGCAGCUCCAUGUGUGAGAAGCGCAUUAUUUGGCAGCGGAGCGGCGACGGGGCGGCUCGAGACGGGGCAUCCAGGGCUUUCAACGGCGAUUUACCGGAGCGCACGGCCAUCGACGGCUCGAGCGGCGGCCGUUCGACCCCCCGAACUGCUACCUCUACUCCGUGCAAAGAUGUCGGAGGAGGCAGUCCGACAGACGCGCAGCCAAAAGCGGGCCUUGGAGAGGGACGCACCCCCUGGAGAGCUAGAUGGAAAACGGUUUCGGUUGGACAGAGGAGUAGAGUCCAGUGGGGCCCUCCUCAGCUCUGGAGAGGUAAAAGCAACUAUCAAGGUGGAGGUACAGGCAAAAGAUGAGCCUGUCGACAUGAGCACCUCUAAAAGUGAUGGGAAUCUUGAGAGACCCCCACCGUCACCGGACAUCAUCGUGCUGUCAGACAACGAGCCGUCCAGCCCGCAGAUGAAUGGGUUGAGUCAUAUUGCCAAGGAGACGGACACGGACCUGCUGAUGAGGAGCAGCCCGGAGGAGCGCACGCGAAUCAUCAAGCAGCUGAAGGAGGAGCUGCGGCUGGAGGAGGCACGGUUGGUGCUGCUGAAGAAGCUGCGGCAGAGCCAGAUCCAGAAGGAGAGCACUGCAUCAAAGUCUUCAGGACCUCCUGUGGCCACACCACCCCCAUUGGUCAGAGGCAGUAUUCCUGCUGGAAAGGGCUCCCUCCAGGUUGUGUCUGGCCGCACUUCAAGUGCAGUCAUCCCACCUCCGCUUGUGAGAGGAGGGCAGCAAGUCUCCCCCAAGCUCAGCUCAUCUAGUGCCCAAAUUGUAAUGCCACCUCUGGUCAGAGGGGCUCAGCAGGUGCACAGUCUCCGCCAGCAGCAGCAACAGCAGCAUACAUCGUCUGGGCCGCCUCCCCUAUUACUGGCCCCCCGCGCCACCGUGCCCAAUGUCCAAAUCCAGGGUCAGAGGAUUAUCCAGCAAGGCCUGAUCCGCGUGGCCAAUGUAGCCAAUGCCAGCGUCCUGGUUAACAUCCCACAGGCCUCCCCAACUACCUUUAAGGGUUCAUCUGUGACCUCCCAGGCUGGGCUGAGCAGCACGGUGAGUGCCAGUGACACCCCCGCCAGCCGACAGGCAGCUGCCCAGCUUGCACUGCGCAAGCAGCUGGAGAAGAGCCUGCUGGAGAUCCCACCCCCAAAGCCACCUACACCCAACCUCAACUUCCUACCCUCAGCUGCCAACAAUGAGUUUAUCUACUUGGUGGGGCUGGAGGAGGUAGUUCAGAACCUACUGGACACUUUGGGCAAGGGCAAGUCACUGGUAAACCCUGUGACAGCCACUGUCAAGGAGCCCUACAGCUGCGCCCAGUGCAAGACGGACUUCACCUGCCGCUGGAGAAAGGAGAAGAGUGGCACCAUAAUGUGUGAACAGUGCAUGACUUCCAACCAGAAGAAGGCGCUCAAGGCGGAACACACCAAUCGACUGAAGGCCGCCUUCUUCAAGGCCCUGCAGCAGGAGCAAGAGAUUCUCCAGCAGACGGCCUCUCCUGUGUCACACUCUGCUGCCUCUUCUUCCUCCUCCAGUUCCUCUUCCUCUUCUCUGUCCUCGGUGAAGGCAGAUGCACAGGUCCUGGUGUCUCAGCAAAUGAAACAGGCCGGCAACUCCUCUCUGCACAACCGAGGGGGCGCAAUUUCACGGCAGCAUUCUUCCAUCAAACAGCCACAGACGCCCAGCCAGCUUUCCAGGGGCAUCCAGCAGGUGGGGGCCCGGGGCAUCCCCCACACGUUCCCUUCGUCCUCUCAGCUCCAGAAUGCUGUUGCCGCAGCAGCGCUGGUCAGCAGGCCAGGUAAGCAAGCCAUGCGCACCGGGGCAAAGACCACCAGCAGCAGUAGCCCCUCCACCAGUUCCUGGAAGAAGCAGCAUCCAGUGAGCACAGGAGUCACCAUGGCCUACGUGAACCCCAGCCUCUCCGUGCACAAGGCCUCAUCGGCUGUGGAGCGCCAGAGAGAGUACCUCCUCGACAUGAUUCCGUCACGCUCCAUCUCCCAGGCCGCCAACACAUGGAAGUAAAGUACAGGAGCAUCCUAGUUGGCCUUUUCCAUCUUUACCUUUGUAACAGUCAGCAGAUGCUGGGGACAGACCUGGGACUGCGCACCAUCUCCCCCGAAUCGAGGCAAAAUGUAAUACUGUUGGAACUAGACUUUUACAGCCCUGCUUUUUUCCCCCAAGUCUGUGGAUUCAGUUCCUGGCCAUACUUCUCUGGGACAGCAAAAUAUUGAGCAGAAGUGUACUGGCCAGAGCAGCUCCCCGUUUUCUGUUCCUCCUCUGGGCUCCUCCUCCACCUGCUUCUCGGCACCGACCUCCUGACGAUGCGACUGGGCUGUUUACCCUCAGAGGUGUCCUGGAACUGCUGUUAACAGCUUUGGCAUGACAUUGAUUUCAUACAUGUGACCCUCAGCAGUUUCUCUGCUGGGUUCUGUGGAAGUCACUGGAGCAGUGGACCGCCACGUGGACUGGCAUCCCACCUCGCUGCUGAACAUCACAGAACCCAAAACUGUUUUAGCUUUCAGCUUUGGGGAACAAGACUUUAAAAGUCCUCUUUUGUUAAGAGGAAAUGCAUGAAGCUGAAGACUCAGGUAACACAGGGUGUGGUGAAGGGGCUGAAAGUUGGGCAUUUUUAGUUUUUACACCGAUAACUUUACACAAAGCAUUUUCCCCGACUGCUCUGCUCAAACUGAAUGGAUGUUUGGGAGUCGCAGUUUUACAGCAGACAGAAUGGCAGGCUAGUACCCAACACAGUGCCCAGGACAUUGAACAAUAUGCACCAGUUUGCAGGAUCUAUUUACAAAGUGUUCUUAGAAAUGAUCUGUGAAGAGCUGUGCACCUCUCCGAAAUAGAAAACGGGCGGAACAAAUACUAAUGCAGUGACGGAGAAUUUGAUACGUUUGAAUGUAUAACUUGUUUUUUUUGUCCCCCCCACACACCCACACACACACGUGUUUGCUCUGAUUUCAGCACCAGGCUGCUGUCCCUGAGGCUUUUUUUUUUUUUUUUUUUUUUCUUUGCAGUUCAA